AUGAAGCUGGAACAAGUCCUGGUGGCGCUUGCAGCCAUUGUGCGCGCAGCACCGUUGGAACCGCGGGAUGUCGACUAUCCAGGCUUGUAUUUCUCGAACGGCAAAUUCGAGAUCACCAUGUUCAACGACCUUCAUCUGGGCGACUUCGGCAUACAGGACGACAUUCAGAAAGGCACAUGGUCUGACGACCUUACUGUGGAUGUCAUGAAUAAAGUCUUGGAUUAUGAACACGGCACCAACUUAGCUGUGCUCAAUGGCGACAUCACGACCUGCGAGUGGCUCGCCGAGAAGGACUCUUACAGGUUCCUCGACAAAGCUAUGCAGCCCUUCCUCAACCGCAAGCUGCCUUUCACGGCAACGUUUGGGAAUCAUGACUGGAGCGCGACCUGCAACACGCGCUGGAUGUCGGAGCACAUCUGGAGGACGGCAAACGAUCGCAAGAACGGUGGACAGCUUACGUUUACUACGAGUUCAGUGGCUGGCGACCCGAAUUUAGUCGGAACGACCAACUAUUUCAUUCCGCUUUAUUCCAAUAUCAAUGGAAAACAAGUGCUCAAGAUGGUCCUAUGGUUCUUUGACAGCAAGGGCGGGUUUGGAUAUACGGGUGACGGUAACAACAAGCAGGAUGUCUACGGCUAUGUGCACUCUGAUGUCGUCGACUGGUUCAAGCGAACGCGCAAGCAACUCGAAAAUGAACAUGGCGGAAAGCCUGUUCCAAGCCUUGUAUUUGCCCACAUUCCCAUAUUGAUAACAGAUAAAUAUGCACAAGCUGGGUUGAUAAGCGCGAACAAAAUGCCAGGCAUACAGUGGCACGAAGAGCUUGGAGUUCAGGAUGACAAUAAAGGCAUUGUAUUCAUGCAAGGGCUUGUUGAUACGCCGGGUCUGUUAGGCGUCUUUUCUGGACACGACCAUAAGACCGACUGGUGUAUGAAAUGGACCGAGACUCCCAAGCCAAUUCCUGCUGGCUGGCCUUCUGAUACUCAAGACGGUGGUCUCAAUAUAUGCUUUGGGAGGCACACGGGCUACGGCGGCUACUCAGAGGUCAUGCGAGGCGGGCGGCACAUUGUCAUCUUUGAGGAUGCCCUCGGAGGCGAUAACGCCAUCGAGACGUGGAACCGGCUUGAAGAUGGCGAGAUCUCCGGUCGAGUCAUGUUGAAUUCGACUUAUGGGAUCGACAAGUAUCCGCGUGUCGAAGUCAAGCUGAGUGACGGUACAAUACCCAAGAACAAUGACGACAUCGGGGAAACCUCAUUCCUCCACGAGCAAGCAGAGUACAAAGACGACGGCAUCAUCAUCUAA